AAGCAGAUGUAAAAAAAAAAGAAAAAUGCGUUCUUCUUUGUUGAUCUAAUUAGACAUUUGUAACACUACGUUUGUAAAUCCUGUACAUAUUUGUAUAUGCGGUAGUUCUGUUCGUAAGAAGAGACGAAGUGGAAUCAAAUAAAAAAGAAUGGAUAAUCGACAUGGAUUUUUUGUGUUGCUGGUGAUUGGUAUUCAGCACUUGGCAUUGUUGACCGUUGAAGGGGCUCCGCUUCCGGAGUCAGGUUCAGGGGAAGCAGCUGCAGGUGAAGUUCCCAUAUCUUCUCUGGCUCUGUCUGUGUCUGGAUUGGUUCUGUUGAUAAUCCUGGUUGCGAAUUGUGUUUCCUGCUGCAAGGAGCAAGAAAUUGAUUUUAAGGAGUUUGAAGAUCACUUUGAGGAUGAGAUUGAUUUCACCCCCCCAGCUGAAGACACUCCUUCGAUUCAGUCACCUGCUGAGGUUUACACACUCACUGUCCCCCCUGUACUUCUGCCUGGGCCACCGCACCUUCAGCCACCCAGAAUAGCAGAUGGAUCUGCGGCUUCACAGGUUGCACGUCACAGUCUGAGUUAUAUCCAGGAAAUCGGAAACGGCUGGUUCGGGAAGGUUCUUCUUGGUGAGAUCUAUACGGAUCCCGGAGUAGCCAGUGUCGUAGUAAAGGAGUUAAAGGCCAACGCCAGCGACAAAGAACAAAAUGAAUUUCUACAAAAUGGAGACCCAUACAGGGUUUUGCUGCACCCCAAUAUACUUCAUUGCCUGGGGCAGUGUGUGGAGGCCAUCCCCUUCCUCCUGGUCUUCGAGUUCUGUGAACUGGGUGACCUGAAGAGCUAUCUGCUGAGCCAGCAGGAGCUGAUCUAUGGGAGCUCGGAGCUUCUCCAGCUGCAGAAGAUGGCCUGCGAGAUUGCUGCUGGAGUCACCCAUUUGCAUAAACACAACUUUGUGCACAGUGACUUGGCUUUGCGGAAUUGCUACGUUACCACAGAUUUGACUAUCAAAGUGGGGGACUAUGGAAUGGGAGCCAGUAGGUACAAGGAUGAGUACAUUGUAACUGACGAGGAACAGGUUGUGCCCUUGCGCUGGACUGCCCCUGAGCUGCUGGGAGAGAUCCAUGGGGUGGUGGUAGCCGCAGAUCAAACCAAACCUGGCAAUGUGUGGGCUCUGGGUGUGACGCUGUGGGAGCUGUUUGAAAACGCCACUCUACCGUACCCUCACCUUUCAGACAGGGAGGUGCUAAUCCAUGUCAUAAAGGAACAACAAAUUAAGCUCUUCCAACCCCAGGUGGGGCUGCCUUACUCUGACAGAUGGUAUGAGGCGCUGCAGUUUUGUUGGCUUUCUCCAGACAAGAGGGCCACAGCUGAAGAAGUGCACAGGUUGCUCACAUACCUCCGCAUGCAAGGCCAAAAGGAGUCCGAGGAUGACUUUGAGCAGAGGUGGAAUGCGCUCAAACCAAACCCCAGCAACAGACAAUCCAGCAUGAGCCACUCUUCGUUCCCCAUCCUGGAGCAGUUUGUGGACGAUGGGCUCCACCACGAGAUGGACGAAGUCCUGACGGUGACAGAGACCAGCCGAGGCCUCAGUUUCGAGUACGUCUGGGAGGCAGCCAAGAUAGACCACUUUGAGGACCAGAGCCCCUCCAGCAUGGACACAGCUGUCAACUACCACAGCAUGUUCUUCCCCGUGCCCCCGUACGAGAAGUCUGUCUUCUCUGAGGGUGAUGCCAGGGGCGGGGGUCCUUCUGCUGGAGUUCCUGGGGAGCUUCCUGUCUUUGACGCCCACAAACCAGCAGUGGGGAGCGAAUACUAUAUACAGUUAGAAGAACAAGGAGAGAGCAGUCUGGAGGUGGAUGAAAAUCCGUGUCCUACAGACCCACAUGACAAAGAUCAAGAGGCUCCCCAGGACAGGCGUUCGCAGCAGUAUGUUGUCCUCCGGGAUAUACGCUUGGAUGAAUCCAGCAUGGAUGUUGAUUUCUUCUACCAGAGCAUAGACUCCAAAGACUCAAAUUUACCAGAGAGUCAGGUUGGGUCACAAGCUUCCAGUGAUCUAGAAAGCCCCUAUCACACUAACAUUUUUAGAGAAAGCACAAAAUCGGAAGAUGCAUCCUGGAACAGGGGCUUCCUUGAGCUACCUGAACUGAACGUGAAUCACAUACAAAGGACCCCUGGCAUCCAUGAGUCUGGCUUAGAGUCUGGAGCAAAUAGAACAGAAAGAGACUUCAGUUCCUCUUUUUUAGGAGGUGAGCAGACCGUUUACAUGGAAAGUAUUACAGAACAACCUAAUGAUACGUGCUUUUUGAAUUCAGAAAAACUGAGAGGUAACUACUUAUUUCUCAAGGAGAAAAACUUAAUGAAGGAUCCCUCAUCUUCCUCUAGAAAUAGCAUGGACUUAAGAUCCGAACUUUUAGAUGCUGAUUUGAAUAGCUUCCCAGAUAUCUGUUUUAAAAUGGAUACUGGGGACAGUUUAAAUAACAAAGAUUUGGACCUUGAUGGGCCAAUAAGCCCUUUGUUGUAUGAGAAUGUUCCUAGUUUCCGAAAAGACAAAUGUUUGGACUUUUGUAGUCCAGAUUUGAAUGAUUCUCUACAGCCUUUAGUUCAAGAAACACUCUUGCCUUCAUGUUCACCAGUUAUAGCUGAAAGCUGUAGUGACACACUGCAGAGUAGUAACUCCUUCGAUGAAGAAUGUGUUUUACUCGAAUCCUCGAAAGAAGAGACUCAUUUUCCUCUCGACUCUACCUCUAAGAGUGCUGACAUCUCAGCAAGUCCCACCAACGGCCAUGAGUCCCCUCUGUUUCGGGAAAGUGCAACUUGUGAAAAUUCGUGCAAUGAUGCCAAAAAUCAUAGCCUUCUAGAAGGUUUGCGAAUGUCUGAAGAAAAUUUACCUGAAAUUGUAAUCAAAGAACCUGCAAUGAGCACAAGCCACACGUCAAAUUCUGUGCAUAUGAGCAAUGCUGGCUUGGAAAAUGGCCUUACAAUGAGUUACAACAGUGAAAGCUUGAUCAGGAACACGGUUAAAGACAUUAAGAGCAGCAGCAUCCCGUCUGCAAAUUCGCUGAUGGAACAAACCGCGGAGCCUUUAAUAACCUUUAAAACUAAUGAUGUAUCAAAAGAUGCAUCCUUGCAUUUGACUUCUGCUCCUUUUUCGGACCAGAUAAGCCAAGACAGCCUACUCGAUGACAGUGAAUUAACGACUCUUUUGACAAUCAAGCGAUCAUCUGAAACGCCUGACUCGUUAGAUUCACUGGACGUACAUGUCUUAGUUGGUCCAUCUGAAAACCUGCAUUCUGUUCCUCAGAAACUCCAGCCGCCUUACAAAACCGCAGACAGUGGCUAUGAAACUGAGAAUUUGGAAUCUCCUGAAUGGAAUUCCCAGUCUGUUGUAAAGGGGCCUUCCCCUGUUGAAACCGCACUUAAAACAAAUGUAGAACAGGUUCCUGCUUCUUUACCACCUCCGGCCAUCAUUGUUUCAGAGGUGGAUACUCUAAUGAAUAUGGAUGUAGAGGAUGCAGAUAGCAGCGAACAAGAGUCCCAGACUGGGGCUCCAGUGGAAUUGUUCUCAAAUGUCAACCAAAACUCAUAUCGAGAUUCUGCAUACUUCUCAGAUAAUGAUUCGGAGAUGGAAAGAAAGUCUGAAGACAUCAACGGUAACUCUAACUCAAAUGACCCUACCCACCUCACCAGUGAGGACACUGGUCCCAGCUUACACACUGACACUAAAAACACCUGCAGUAUUGGAAUCACGGCAUGCCUGGAAGAAAGGAUGCAGCCAUCAGAUGUUCUUGUAUCUUUGCAGGUACAAGAGACUGAACCAACUAAUAACAGGCUUCCAGAGCCAUCAGCAGAAAUAAGGAAUAAAAUAUCACAGGUCUUAGACUUCAAAGGCAGCAGUCUGCCAGAGCUGGUACACACAAUGGAAGAUGACUUGAAUGCAGAAGCUAAGGUUGCUGUUGAUGGCAGUGAUGUGUUGAACAUCAGGACACCAGAACAGCUUCCUGAUGUUGAAGCCAGUCUUCAGGGCAGUAGACCAGAACCUGCAGACAUGCCAGCUGUCUCAGUCGACAUGCAGCAGUCUAACUCUUCAGGGGACAAGGUGGAUGAAAAGUUGGUGGUGUCCAACCAGAAUGAAGGUCCGAAGCUUAAGGAACCCGAUGUCGAAGGGAAAUACUUGGGUAAGUUGGACGAUUUGGACCUCCCAGAGGUUGCGGAGGACGGGAUUGAUGCGGACGAGGAGAAUGAGAAUAGCGACGACUCUGAUGACGACCCCCUAGGGUUUAAUCUGCUCGGCGAGAGCUCUGAGAGCGACGAUGACACAGUGCAUCCCGUCCCCAUCGUGGUGACUGAGAACGACUACGGCAGGGACCUGAAAAGCCUGUUAAAGCUGACGCCUCCCCUAGCCGCGCAAUCAACCAAACAGGCCCAGUCUGAAUCGAACCAAAGGGCCGUGUCGUUCUUCGAUGAUGUCACUGUUUAUCUUUUCGACCAGGAUACUCCAACAAAGGAGCUGGGUGACCACUCGGCCGGUUCAAACAGCCGAGUGUCUGAGUUCAGCAGCCCCGUACCCUCCUCCAGUCCUGGAUAUCUGAACCGCUUCACCCACUCGGAAAGCUCUACAGAUGAAGAAGGCACUGGCUUUGAAUGGGACGAUGACUUCUCUUCUCCGGAGCCCUCCUUCAUCUCAAAAGCGGCCAGUCACCUGGUCAUUUCCAAAGUGUCUCCUCCAGCGUCGUCCCGGUACUUCUCUCCCCCGCCGCCCCCCCGCACCACGGAGCAGAGCUGGGCAAGCUCCUCCCCGUACUCCCGCUUCUCCAUCUCUCCAGCCAGCAUCACCAGCUUCUCGCUCACACACCUCACCGACUCCGACGUUGAGCAAGGAGGAAGCAGUGAGGAUGGAGAAAAGGACUGAAUCAGAGACCAUCUGGGAUUGAAUUGGUCUGUAUUUUCAGCAAUGGAAUUACACAUGAUUUAUUUUAAGAUGUAAAACCCCUUUUAAAAUCAAAAAAGAAGAUCCUGAAGAAGAAUUCUUCCCAGUUCUGUCGUCCUCUCGUAAACAGCACUUGCUGGUGUCUGCGAGUCGUCCCUUAGAAGGGAUGCAGUUGAAGUGACAGAAGAGAGCAACCUCAGCAAUCCUGAUUUGAUUAGUAUAUGUGCAUUUUCAAACUAAUCAGUGAAAUGAACAGGUUUGAUUUAAAAAAGAAGCUACUUAAAGUAUUAUUUUGUAAACGUAGCUGUACAGAUAAAAAGGAAAUUGUUCUGCACUCCUGUCUCUUGCUUUACAUUGCAGCUACUUUAUACCCAAGCUUUUGAGUAUUGAGUCUUUAUUCCAUCAAAAGCAUUAGUCCUUGGCUUUGUUUAAUGUAAACAUUUUAUGCAGCCUUGGCUAGCAUGAGUUAAUGACAUAAUAGAUUAGCUUAGAUUGAAAACCCAAAACUUAAGCAAUAAAGGUGAUAGAAACCUCAUUGAGCAUUCCUGUUACAGUAUAUCAAUAGCAGUUUGUUUGGUUUUAGCAUGGUGUUUUGUUUGAAAACAAACUGCAGCGUAAAAAAAAAAAAAAAAAAAAAAAAAAAAAAAACCUUUGGUAUUUAACGGACCUGUGCAAAGUAAAAAGUACUGGAAACUUUUUUUGCACAGUCACAUGUUUAUUACUGUAUGUAAUUGAGCAAAUUUCUUCCAUACAUAAUUUAACAAUAAUAAAUGAAUACAUUGGUAUGGAAUUUCCAAACCGUUAUAAAGGAGGCAGUCAGUCAUUCUAAUUUGUAUAUAAUCGGUGAUGCUCUUUACCAUUUUGACCAGAAUGUAAUUUGCAUUCUUACGUUACAGAAGACCUUGUAUUGGAGGGUGUUUAUUGCAGUAGGCAAACUGGGGAAUGCCAUUUUAAUAGGUGUGUUUAAUUUGUUUAAAACAAAUUGUGACAUUUACCCUAAAUAUCUUUCCUAACUGUGAUGAAGAUAAAGGCAAUGUAGCAUGUGUCUGCAUUAGUGUCAUACAUGUAAAUUAGGGUUAGUCUGCUUUUUUAAUUAAAAAAAACACUCUACCAGGUCUUUUAGAUUAUGCAGUUGAUCGCUUUCAUGCAAUAUUUUCUAUUCUAAAAACAUUUUAUGUUGGACUGUAUCACAAGAAUGAUCUGUGUAAUGGUCCCAGAUAAAGGUCUACAUAAUAGCAUUUGGAACAUGGCUGUCCCUUUAGCUUAUCUCCUUUUUCUAAAUUGGUUGUAUUGAUGUGCCUACAAACAACAAAACAUGGCGCUAAAUUUGACAUGUUCAGAUAAUUUUGAUAAGUUAAACUACUUUUCAUGCUGUUAAAGAACGAUGAGCAGAUACCACAGUUUGUUCAAUAUAUUUUCUGUUCUUUUUAAAAAAAAAAAAAAAAAAAAAAAAAAAAAAAAAACGCAAACCAGGUUGUUUUCAAGUCCAGCAGAACCUCCGAACACUUUGGGAAUGGAGGUUGUUCAGAAGUCUAAAAUGUUCGUAACCCUGAAAACGGAAUUUUCAAUGAUUUUAUUAAAUGUGGACACGUGCUAUCUACACCAUCAAUCUGGCGAAUAAUACAAGGAUACAGUACAGUAAUACAAUACUUUUAUUGUUAUGGUUCUAAAGUCUUUAAAAUAGUACUAUAAAAGGCUACAUUUAAAUUGAAAUCGUAACAGUAGCAAAAUCACAGAUUUAAACAGCCAUGAAAAUCUGGGUUAAUGUGCUUGUUUUUGUGCAGCUUGCUCAGUCAUUCAGCCUCCUUUGGCUUGAAGAAAAAACAAACAAACAAACAAACAAAAAAACCUGUGCUUUGUUUAAAACUAAAAUGUUCCAGUACAAUUGAAAUCUGCCUCACCUUUCUGGAUACAUUUGCUGGUACAGUAAUUAAGCCAUCUUAGUUCAGCAAAGUCAAAGCAUUACACUGAAUUUGUGUUAAAUAUAAGGAGAUUGGGGGUAACUUGUUUGGGAUACAAGCAAUUGUAUUGAUGAUCUACAAAAAGAGGAGUCAUGUUU